UCAGUUCCUAAGGAUAUACUGACCGCUGCGAUGGAAGAGAUCGAAAUCAACGAAGUGUACGACGAGGCCAUCAUUCUGGACACCGAGUCCAGCGAUGGCGACUCGAUUGUGGCCAACAGUCAACCGACAGACACGACUUCGACGGCCGCGGCCACUGAUCCACAGUCGGACGACAAUUCUGUGUUAAUCUUCUCCGGCGUGUCCGACAACAUGACGAGCGAAGAGUUGAUGCAAUUGAUUAACAGCAACGGCUAUUCAAUGGUCGUCGAGAAUGACUCUCAAGAGGCCCAAUUCCUGAAGGAUACCGACGAUCAGCCGCCGGAACAACAGCCAGAGGCGGACGAAACGCAUUCCGAUACGGAUAUUGUGUUUCAAAUCGACGACAAGAUGUUGGCCAACAUUCCAGAGUCGGGUGACGUCGAGGUUCAGUUCGUGAUGAUGGACGCCGAGAACCAAUCGCCGCCGCCUGAGCUGAACGUCACUAACAGUGACACUAAUGUUACCGCCGAUGGCGGCGACACAACUCUAGUCACAAACCAAAACGACGCCCAAAGCAAUGAAAAUAGUGGUAAUAAAUUGGCGGAAAAAGUUCAAAAUAAUGGCACAGAAGUGGACGCCGAGCGCGUCGUAGAGGCCGUACAGACACUGGCGACCACUCCGGCGACGCCCACGCAAUACAUAUCAAUGCCUAAUCUGUUCUCAUUGGGCGCGCCGUCCGAUGAGAGGAUUGUGGUCAACAGUCCCGACAGUGACGACAAUGAGUGCCACAACGAAAACAGUGCGCAAAACAAUGAGAUAUCGGUUGAAGAGGUGAUUGUGUCGAAUGCGGACUCUGACGACGAGUCCGCCGAUGCGGUCACUCGCGAAGAAGUUAUCGAUAACAGCAAAGAGACGACCGGCGAAACAAUUGGCGAUAAGAGCGUCGAAACUGUUGCCACAAACGCUGGCACUGAAGCCGAAGUUGUUGUUUGCGACGAGAAUCUGGUCAAUGAAGAGAAUACUAGCGGUGAUAACAAUGCGGUAAAUCUGGCCGUAAAUGAAGAGAAUAUCGAGAAUAAUGUCGUAAAGAGUGUUACCGUUAGCGACAAUCACGACAAGACAAAUGUCGACAAUAAUCUCGAAGACAUUGAUUCCGAUGAAGAGAUAGAAAGUGUUGACAAACCCAUAGAGACUACUGAAGAGCCAAUUGAGAUAUGCGGUGAUAUUCGCAGCGAAGACGACGAAUGUGUUAUCGUUGAGAAAGAGUCUGACAAAAUGGGAACCGAUGUCAACGACAACACCAAUGAGAUGUCAAUUGAAAAUUGCAAUGAAAAUGAUGUGCCGCUCGAUGUGGAGGACACCGUCGACAACACCGCAAGCAUUACUCGUCAAAACGAGAGUCACAAAUGUGACGACAAAUUAGUGUCCAAAUCAAGCGAAUGCGAUGACAGUAGCGAAGAGAUCGAUGUCGAAGAAUGCAAAGCCGUGUCGCCGGCCGACAAAGCGGGCGACAAAAGGGAGACAUCCGUCGAGAUAGACGUCGAGGACAUCAGUAGUGAUGACGAAGACAUCCACGAAAACAACGACAACAACAACAGCGGCAAAGAAGACGAAGAAGAGAGCGACGAAUCGAUUGAUGUGGUGAACACAUCUCCACCGCCGCCGACGACUGAGACCACGAAAGUGUCUGAAACGCGAAUCGACGACAACGACAAAGACGUUUUCGAUGCGAACUCCCAGUCCGACAAAGAGCUGAUGAUUGACGAGAAUGACGACAAUCAACGGCCAGAGACUGCGGCCACCACUCCGAUGGCGGCCGACCAACAGCUGCCCGAAUCGACAGUAGUGUUGGGCAGUGUUCAGCACCCGUUUGUCUCCUCGUCCGUCGAAGACAUGCCUAACAGUCCGUCCACUGCGAGCUCACUGGCCAUCACGGGCUCAGCCGCGGCUGUCAGUGCGCCCGAUGUGGCCGUUGAGCCACUAAUCAAACACAAAGCACCGAUUGGCGAGACUCGCGACUCGACCGGUGAUGACCAGAGCUUUAUGCCUAACCUGUCCGACGAGGACGAAGAGAUGGUUGCGGUGCCGACUACUACCACCAUAACCGCCAUAAACAACGAUAACACUACCGGUGCUAAGAAGCCUUCAGCCGACGCGGCAAUCACUACAGACACUACGGGUCCAAACAAUGGCAACAUUUGUGAUAAUAAUAAGAAGAAUCAUAAGAAGGGAAUCAAACGAAGUGCUGAAGAAGUGCCUCAAAACCAUAUCUAUUCCUCCGAUAAGGACUCGGAUUUAUCGUAUAAGUUGGCCCACAAAAUGCGAGUGUGA